CAUAAGUCCUAUAAAUCCAAAAUCAUCGAACGCAUACUCCAAUAGCAAGCAAAAAUGUUGCCCUGGAAGUGGAGAUUGUUCUCCGUUGUUUAUGAUCCGCUUGACUAAUCGUUGACGAUGUGCACUUCCUUUCAGACCAAGUUCAAGGUACUGGACAAGAUUGGCGAAGGUUCUUUCUCUGAAGUACUAAAAUGUCAAGAACGGAAUACCGGCGUUCUUUACGCUGCAAAACGUCUAAAAAAAAUUUAUCAAAAUAUCAACGAGAUUUUGGAAAGCCCGGAAGUAACAGCAAUGCGAAAAAUUACUCACCAUCCAAAUGUACUAUAUAUGAUCGAAUCUCAUUAUGAUCCGUUACCUGGUAAAGUAACCUUAAUUUUUGAAUUGAUGGAGAUGAGUCUGUACGAUCUAAUGCGAAAUAGACAAGGACGCUUACUGUUGGAGAUUCGUGUAAAAAACUAUAUUUAUCAACUAUUGAAAGGCCUGCAUCAUCUACAUAAGCAUGGUAUUUUUCAUCGGGACAUCAAGCCAGAGAAUAUUUUACUAAAAGCUGGCCACGUAAAAAUCGGUGAUCUAGGCUCGAUCCGCGGUAUCUAUAGCAGACCACCGUAUACCGAAUACAUAUCGACGAGGUGGUACAGAUCCCCCGAGUGUCUUCUCACAAGUGGCUUUUACGGACCCAAGAUGGACGUCUGGGCUGUCGGAUGUGUCUUCUUUGAGCUCCUUGCGUUGGAACCGCUUUUUCCCGGAGAGAAUGAAGUGGAUCAAGUCUCGAAAAUCCAUAGCAUUUUGGGAACUCCACAUGCCAGACUUGUAGCUAAGUUUAGACGAAUAGAAGCAGUAGGACACGGAACGGGGACUUUUAUUUCCCGGCAAAGCAGGGCCGAGGUCUCGCUUGCCUCCUGCCUCAGAUUUCGAGUCUCGGUCUUGAAACUCUCAGGACGAUGCUCAUUUAUGACCCGGAGAACCGCGCUAGCGCCAAAAAACUUCUCGAACACCGAUACUUCGCUGACAUUAGAGAAAGGGAAUCGACAAGGCAAACUAGAAGUGCAUUGUUAUCGAAUAGUUUAAUGAACGAUUCAAAGAGCUGGAAGGAACCUUUAAUUCUCGGCUACUUGUCAUCAGAGAGGCAUUGCAG